GAUUGUAAUAACAAAAGGUUUAUAAAGGUUAAAAGCAACACGUAGCUUUGACAGCAUCAACAAGGAGGUUGUGCUGCGACGAUGCAAGUCCCUUGUUCGUUGCGUAAGGGCACGCUGCCGCCCGCUGUGCCAUGGCGCAACCCUAAGCCGCUUGGAAGCGCUAUUAAAAUAUGUAUUAGCCCUGCAUCGGGAGCCUUCCUCCGACCGGGCGGUUUCUGCGCGAGAGCAGCAAGCGUCGCCGUUGUAGCCCCAACGAAAUCCGCAGAUACCACCCUGGGGAAAACCCUAACUGAGUCAGCUGCGCCGGGCCAGGAUCUAGAGGCCCUCGCGGAAGCCGCGGGCGUUCAGAAAGAGGUUCGAUGCGGCCCGACGCCGUUAGGUCGCGGGCUACUGGCGACAAGAGCGCUGGGACCGCAGACCAUUGUAUCCGUUCCGCUUCAUAACGCCCUUGUGAUCACGGAUCAGCCCCUCUCCGGGAUCUCUGUGUUUGGAGAUCGCUGCCUUGCGGAGUGGCAGCGCCAACACGCCACCCUGCCACAGCAGCUGCAGGACUUUGUCACAGGUGGGCAGGGAGGCGGGCAGGUGGGUAGGCAGGGAGGCAGAUUGGCUUGCUACCUUGCUUGCUUAGGGAUGGGCAGCAGCGGA